UGCAUUUCUUGAAGACUCUUCUUACAGCUUACAAGCAACAACAAAACGGGGCGGUUUGAAUGCAGAAUUACGCUAACAAAUAUAUAUACUCCCACCCUGAAAGCAAUCAAAGAUUCCUUCUGCUUUCUCUCUCCUAAAUCGAUCAAAUUCAACUCAUUUAAGAUAAUAUAAUAGUGCAAAUAUUCGUACAAAAUUGAUAUACGCACACGGAAAGCUCGAAAUUAAGCAGAGGUAUGGACGAUGAAGUGGUUCAGCGGGUUUUCCAAGAAGGUGGCCGCGAUUUCUACCAGCAGCAGCCCUCUACUUCCUCUUCUUCUUCCUCCAUUCUUCAAUCACUUCCUCUUCAUGUUUCUUUUGAUCAUGGUUAUUAUUUGAUGGUAAAAUCUAUACAAGAACUUAGAUCAAAGAAAGAUGGCUUGGUAAUGGUUGGUAUUGGAGGGCCUAGUGGUUCUGGGAAAUCGAGCUUAGCAGAGAAAGUAGCAUCUGUGAUUGGUUGUGCUGUCAUAUCAAUGGAGAACUAUCGCACUGGGAUUGACGAAGGCAAUGAUUUGGAUUUAAUAGACUUUGAUCUUCUGGUCCAGCAUCUUGAGGAUCUGAUAAAUGGCCAUGAUGUAUAUACCCCAGUGUUUGAUUUUCAAGGACGAAAACGAAUCGGUACCAAAGAAAUAAAAAGUAGUUCAUUUGGAGUGGUUAUAGUUGAUGGUGCUUAUGCUCUGCAUGCAAGACUACGCUCCUUGCUAGAUAUACGAGUUGCUGUGGUUGGUGGCGUUCACUUUAGUCUUCUUUCCAAAGUGCAAUAUGAUAUUGGGGAUUCUUGUUCACUGGAUUCUCUGAUUGACAGCAUCUUCCCACUGUUUAGAAAACAUAUUGAACCGGACCUUCAUCAUGCACAGAUUAGAAUUAACAACAGCUUUAUUUCAUCAUUUCGAGAGCCAAUCUACAAGCUAAAAUGCAAAAGUGAGAUAAAUAAAUCCUGCAGAAGCAGAUUAUCUGUUGGUUGUGCUGAGUCUGAAGAUGAACUUGUGUUGCAUAUUUUUGGGGGAAAGGAUGCUCAAGUAGAUAACUUCAUUGAGAUGUACCUUAGACCUCCAGCUGCAAAUGAAGAAGCAAGAAUAAAUGAUUGGAUUAAGGUGCGACAAUCGGGUAUUAGAUACUAUCUGUCUCUAGGCGACCAAAGAAUUGUUGACAAAAAUUUCAUUAUACGGCCAAAAGCAGAAUUUGAGGUUGGACGGAUGACUCUGGGUGGAUUGCUUGCCCUGGGGUAUACUGUUGUAGUCAGUUAUAAACGAGCAUCAACCUCUGUCAGUGAGGGCAGUUUUUCUGUUUCAUUGGAAACAAUUGAUACUCUUGGGGAGGCAUACAUGGUCUUGAGAGGGACAGAUAGAAAGAUGGUUGGAGCUAAAGCAUCAAGGAUGGGUGUUAGUGGACCUUGGAUUACUAAAUCCUAUCUUGAACUGAUUAUGGAGAGAAAAGGUGUUCCUCGACUUAAUACACCCCCUCUUUUGGCUGAUGGAUCUAAUGCUAUUUUAACUAGCAACCAAGAAAGGCUGAUCAUUGCUCCAAAACCACUUCAUGUUACCCCUAACCUCGAUAACAGGCUUGAGGAUUUGUCUCAGCCUUGGACUCGGUCUCCAACCAAGUCGAAAAUGGAACCUGUCUUGGCAACAUGGCAUUUCAUCGCACCAGAUCCUCCACUUACUCAUGGCUCACUUGUUGCCACAGAUUCAUCUUGUUCCAGGGAUGCUCUGCAGCUUGCUCCAAUGCCUGAUUCAUAUGAUUUAGAUAGAGGGCUACUUCUUUCUGUUCAGGCAAUACAGGCUUUAUUGGAGAACAAGGGUCUCCCUGUCAUAGUUGGAAUUGGUGGUCCUAGUGGAUCUGGAAAAACAAGUUUGGCUCGUAAGAUGGCUAAUAUUAUUGGUUGUGAAGUUGUUUCCCUUGAAAGUUAUUACAAAACAGAAGAAGUAAAGGACUUCAAGUAUGACAAUUUUAGCACUCUUGAUCUUGCUCUUUUGUCAAAGAAUAUUGAUGAUAUAAGAAAGUCUUGUAGAACAAAAGUACCCAUCUUUGACCUGGAAACUGGUGCUCGUAGUGGCUUGAAGGAGAUUGAAGUUUCUGAAGAGUGUGGAGUGGUAAUUUUUGAAGGCGUUUAUGCUCUGCACCCUAACAUUAGGAACUCAUUGGACUUGUGGAUUGCUGUUGUUGGGGGUGUUCAUUCACAUCUCAUUUCUAGAGUUCAAAGGGAUAAAAGUAGAGUUGGAUACUUCAUGUCUCAAAAUGAGAUUAUGACAACAGUUUUUCCAAUGUUCCAGCAGCACAUUGAACCACAUCUUGUUCAUGCACAUCUAAAAAUUAGAAAUGAUUUUGACCCUGUGCUUUCCCCUGAGAGCUCGUUGUUUGUGUUGAAAAGUAAUAAGCAGGUGGCAUAUCAAGAUAUUCUGAAAAUUCUUGAACCUACCAAGAUAUGCAGUUCUGUUCAGAGUUUUAUUGAUAUAUAUUUACGUCUUCCUGGAAUACCUAAUGGCCUGCUAACAGAAAGUGAUUGCAUAAGAGUCAGAAUAUGUGAGGGAAGAUUUGCAUUGUUAAUACGCGAGCCUAUAAGAGAAGGGAGCUUCAUUGUUCAGCCAAAAGUGGACUUUGAUAUCAGCAUUAGCACUGUUGCUGGCCUUCUUAACCUCGGGUAUCAAGCAGUAGCAUAUAUUGAAGCAUCUGCAUAUAUCUACCAAGAUGGAAAGAUUCUUAUUGAGGUUGAUCAUCUACAAGAUGUGCCUACUCCUUACAUACAAAUUAAAGGGGUAAAUAAGGAGAUCGUGGCAGCUGCUGGUUGUGCACUUAAGCUGGAUGGUUCAUACACAACAAAGAGUUAUCUUCAAAUAGUUCUAGAAAGACUACCAGCGCAUGAGGGGAGUUCAAGUGGGAUUCCUUCUCGACAAGCUGCUAAGUUGCAAGAACUAGUAGAAUAUAUACAAUCUCAGGGUAGCAGUUCAUCAUCAGAGUCGUCACCGAGCAGGGAGGUUUCUCCAUUAAAUGGCGUAAUUGAAGACAUGCAGUCUAGAAUCAAGAGACUCGAAAGAUGGCAUAUUAUCAAUACUGUGCUAUGGACAUUUUUUAUGUCCGCGUUUGUUGGUUAUUCGCUUUACCAGAGAAAACGCCAGUAAUGUUCAGUGGUAUAACUAACGGUUGAUGUAAGUUAAAAAAAACACUAUUCUUUCAUGUCACUGAUGGCUUCUUCUCUCUUCAAUCAUCACAUUUAUUUAUCCUGAGUGACUUGGAAGAUGUUUUUGUUCUUGGAUAUAUUACUGGAACUUGAUAACUGAAUGUUACUUUUAGAAUAGUCUUAUAGUCUCAUACAUCAUACAUAAAAGAAAAAAUCAAUGGACCGAGUAGUCUAUGGACCAGACCAAUUUGGCUACAAUAGAGAAAAAGAAACUCCACUUACAGCUCAGAAUUGAACAUAGAUCUCUUUUAUUGCUUAGUUUCAGAAUUUCUUGUGACAAAGUGACUAUAGAAAACUGUUUUUUUAUGUUUAUUUUUAUUGGUGUUUCUUAA